AUGCGAGAGGCUCGCCGCCGCCUGAUCAAAUGCGGAAGAGCCUCGUCGGCCGCCGUCGAACCCGGACGAGAGCUGGAGGUAUCAACGCUGGCCAAAGAAAAGAUGUGCCGCCUAAUGACGGAGGAGCUGGUACGGAUGGAGUCCCCAGAAAGGAUGGACACGAGGGCGACGAAGUCGGCGGUGAAGCGGUGCUAUGCCCGCAUGGACCGCAUGGACGAGCUGGCGCUGUGGACGUGCGAGUGCGGGCGGUACCUUGGCCGGAUCAAGUGCUCCUGCGAUCGCUCCCGGCCCACCUCCCAUCUCUUGGGGUCCACCGCCGUGACCGCCGUCGUAGGGCCCCAUCGGUUGAUGGUUGCCAACUGUGGGGAUUCUAGGGCCGUGCUCAGCCGUGCAGGAGUCGCUAUACCGAUGUCCUUUGAUCAUAAGCCCGAUAGACCCAAUGAGAUGGCAAGAAUAAGGUCAGCAGGUGGAUGGGUGCUCUACUUGAAUGGUGCUCGAGUCUGCGGGAUCCUGGCAAUGUCUCGGGCUUUAGGAGACAUGUCUCUCAAACCGGUCGUGAUUUCCGAACCCGAGAUCCGCAUCAUGGACAGAAACCCGAAAGAUGAAUGUUUGGUGAUCGCCAGCGACGGGCUGUGGGAUGUUAUGUCCAAUGCGACGGCGUGCAAUUUAGCUCGUCGUGUUCUUCAGGACGGAGACCCAGACGGCGAUGAAGAACACAACAAGGACAAAGGCAAGGGGAGUAGCGACAGUGCAAAGGAGAAAAAGAAGGAAUAUCCUUCUCAGUCUCAGUGCGAUCUUGCAGCUGCUUUGCUUGCUAGGCUUGCACUCGCGAGGAACAGUGAAGAUAAUAUCAGCGUUAUCGUCGUUGAUCUGAGAAAAGAGAUGGCAUGAAGAGGUAGUAUAUGUGUUCAUAAUGAAGUUAUAUAUUUAUAGAUAUUGGAAGGAGGGUUAAAGUGAAAUGCAGAAGGGAAAAUGUAUAGCGUGAAAGACCCCAUAUGCAUAAGCUAUUAUAGAAACUGCUGUGAUACAUUAUAGAAAAAAAUAAUGGAGUUGUUAAGUCUGUUGCGUUGUGUAUAUUGGGGGUAUAAAGUUUCAGUUUUCCUUUUUUAUACAGUGGUUGCCUGAAGCUGAUAGGAUCCGAUCGGCUGCGUGAAUA